UCUUUUUUUUUUAUGCAUGUUUAAUGGCAGCCUACAUUCUGGCCACGCUUCCCUUUUAAAUUGUACAUUUUCUUGGUAUUUCCCGGAUAUUUAAGCAGGAUAAUAUCUAGUUAUGUCGGGGCGACAGAACAACAAGUUGCCCAAUAAUUUACCACAACUGCAAAAUCUCAUAAAAAGAGACCCACAGUCCUACGUAGAUGAGUUUCUGCAGCAGUACAGACAUUACCAGUCCAAUGUACAGAUCUUCAAACUCCAACCUGACAAGCCCAACAAGGAGCUGGCAGACCUUGUUAUGUUUCUUGCGCAGAUUGGUCACUGUUACCUACAGCAUCUGUCCACCUUCCCACAAGAGCUGUCAGAGUUAUUACUGAGUCACCACACUCUACUAGAGCCUGACCUCAGGAUGACCUUCUGUAAAGCAUUGAUUCUUUUGAGGAAUAAAGGUCUGAUUGACCCCUCUGGCCUCUUGGAGCUCUUUUUUGAGCUGCUGCGUUGUCACGACAAGCUUCUUAGAAAGACUCUGUACACCCACAUCGUCGCAGAUAUCAAAAAUAUUAAUGCAAAGCACAAAAACAACAAAGUGAACACAACGUUACAAAACUUCAUGUACACCAUGCUGAGAGACAGUAACCCCAUAGCUGCAAAGAUCUCUUUAGAUGUUAUGGUGGAGCUUUACAAAAGGAACAUAUGGAACGAUGCCAAAACAGUUAAUGUCAUCACAACAGCGUGUUUCUCCAAGGUGACAAAGAUCCUUGUUGCAGGUCUUAAAUUCUUCCUGGGAAAAGAUGAGGAUGAGAAAAAUGAGAGUGAUUCAGACUCAGAGACAGAGGGACCGACAGCUCGAGACCUGAAGGUGAGAUACAACACCGGCAAGAAAACCUCCAAAAACAAGAAGAAGCUGGAAAAGGCGAUGAAAGUCCUCAAGAAACACAAGAAAAAGAACAAAGCAGAAGUGUUCAAUUUCUCUGCUAUUCAUCUGAUUCAUGAUCCUCAAGAUUUCUCUGAGAAACUCUUGAAGCAGUUGGAAGACUCUAAAGAGCGCUUCGAGGUGAAGAUCAUGAUGAUGGAGCUCAUAUCAAGGCUGGUUGGAAUCCAUGAGCUCUUCCUCUUUAACUUUUACCCGUUCAUCCAGAGAUUUCUCCAGCCACAUCAGAGAGAGGUGACAAAGAUUCUCCUCUGUGCUGCCCAGGCCUCGCACCAACUUGUUCCACCAGAGAUCAUUGAACCUGUAAUCAUGACCAUCGCCAACAACUUCGUGACGGAUAGAAACUCAGGAGAGGUCAUGACAGUGGGUCUUAAUGCCAUCAAAGAAGUGGCAGCACGCUGUCCACUUGCCAUCACUGAAGAUCUACUGCAGGAUCUGGCUCAGUACAAGAUCCACAAAGACAAAAAUGUGAUGAUGUCAGCCAGAGGACUGAUCCAGCUGUUCAGGAAUCUAAAUCCACAGAUGCUACACAAGAAGGACAGGGGGAGGCCCACAGAAGCAUCAGCAGAGGCAAAAAUCAAAGACUACGGAGAGCUGGACGCUAAAGACUACAUCCCUGGAGCUGAAGUCCUGGAGGUGGAGGAGGAGAAGAAAGAAGGAGAAGAGGACGAUGGCUGGGAGAGUGCCAGUAUCAGCGAUGAUGAUGAAGAUGGAGAGUGGGUGGAUGUUCACCACUCAUCUGAUGAAGACACAACAGAAGUGGCUGAGAAGCUUGAGAGCAUGCCUGUGGAGGAGAGGAAAGCCAUUGCAGCUGCAGUCAGCAGCAGCAGGCUCCUAACUCAAGACGACUUCAAGAAGAUCCGCCUGGCUCAGCUGGCCAAGGAGGUCAAUGCUGCACCAGGGAAGGGCCAGAAGAGGAAGAAUGUGGACAGUGAUGACGAGGAAGACAGCAAAGGGGAGCUGCUGAGCUUGAGGAACAUUGAGAAGCUCCAUAAGAAACCAAAAUCAGACAAGGAAACACGGCUAGCAACGGCCAUGGCGGGACGGCCCGACCGUAAGGACUUUGUCAGAAAGCGGAUCAAGCUGAAUCCACAUGCCAGCACCAGCAACAAAGAGAAGAGGAAAACAAAGAACUUCAUGAUGAUGAGGCACAGUCAGAACGUCAGAACAAAAGGCAAACGCUCCUUCAGAGAGAAACAGCUGGCUCUCCGGGAUGCACUGCUGAAGAAAAAGAAGCACUAUAAGUAGGACGCAUGGACGUGGUUGCUGAAUAUGCCUUAUACAUUGUACAUCCUCCAACUACUCUGUAAAAAAAUGGUCUGUUUAAUUAUUAGUGUAUUAUAUGCAGAUAAUGACUUGCAUACAUUUUCAAUGUCCUGAAAUAAACAAUCUUUGAUAAUUGGA